AUGUGUUCUCUGCCCUUCUUCUGCCCACAGCAUGAGCUCACCAUCGCUGAGGCUUGCGGAGCGGAGCAGCCCUUGGGCAUUGCUUUGGCCAGUAAGCCGUUGGAGGUGGCCCAGGAGAAGCUCCGGGCUGAAGUCUGUCGCCAGGUGAACACAUGCAACAUGCUGCUGUACCAGGUGGAGCAGCGGAGCCGGGCCAAGGAGCGGCUGCAGAGGCGGCUGCAGCAGCUGCAGGAUGUCCAGAGGGCCGAAAAGCAGCAGCAGGCACAGGUGGUUCGUACCCUGGAGGGCAACAUAGAGAAGAUGCAAACAAAAGUCCGCGCUGGGCAGAAGGUGACUGCCCUGUACGUGGCGGUGCGGGAUGCCCUGAGGAAGGAGCUGGCCCACCUGCCUCUGCACCUGGACCUCCUGAGUGAGACGGCCGAGCUGCAGCAUAGGGAGGUGGAGGACAUGGAGCUCAUGGCCUCGCGUGGGCUCAGAGCUGCUCGUGGAGCCGAGGAGCGCAUGGUCAGGACGAAAACCCAGGUCCUUGCAGAGAGGGAGCUCAGGCUCCGCACCCAGGCUGCUCAGAAAGAGCCCAGAGACGGAGGCUGGCUCAAGGAAGCAAAAGAAAGGGCUCUGAAAACGCAAGCCAAGCAUGACCUCAGCAGGGACUUCCUGAGCCUGCCCGCAGAGGACCCAGUGGUGGCUGCCAAACUGGAGGCCACCAAGUACCAGCUGCAGCGGGAGGCCUACGUGAGGGAGAAGAUAGAGGAGGCCAAGGAUGUGGUGCAGUGCUCCCGCCUCUGGGACAUCCCCAUCAGGCUCCAGGCACAGCAGAAGUCCCUGCUGGAAAUGGAGCAGUACCUCACAAGGUGCAAGGAGAAGAAGCAGGAGCUGGAGAAGGCAGUGAAGGAGCUGGAGAUGCAGCGCGAUGAGCUGAAGUUUCGCCGGCCCCCAGACACAAGCAGGUGCUGCUGGCCUCCGGACACUCAUGCCAAAGGGGCCGGCACCCUUAGGGGCAGGGGGACACGUGCAUGGGGGCUGGUGGAGGAGCUGAGGACGAGGCUGCAGCGGGAAGAGGCUCGGCUGGAACAGGGGCGAGCCCAGCUGCUGAGGAGCCAGGAGACGCUGCUGGACUUUGAAAACGCACUUGACAACCUCUUCGUCCGGCUGCGGGGCAUCACCGUGCCUGGCCAGGAGCAUCCUGUCAAGGCCAUGGCAGUGGACGAGAAGCUCCGGCAGUGUGAGCAGAAGCUGCAGUACCUGGUGCAGCGGGUGGCUGACCUGCCCCCCUCCAGCCACAGCGAGGAUGAUGAGACUUUUGUGAAGGUCAGGCAGCUGCUGGAGGAAACCCUCAUGGCCGAUCCACGGAACCGGAAGGUUUCCUUGGAGGACACGGGCGUGGGGCUCCAAGACGAUUUUGAUAUCCCUGACAACCACAGUGGCCUUGUCCUCACCAGAGAAGCCAUCAAGAAGCAAGGGCUGGACUUGAUCGAAAGCAAGAAGAAAAGCAAGAGGAAUGGGGCGGUCAUUGGCAUCCAUGAGGAAUGGCUCAGGGAGAUCCGAGAGGAGCCCAGAUCGGGCAGUAGAACUGCAGUGGCUGCUGCGUACACAGCGGGGCUGGAGAGCCGAGGCAGGAGCAGCGGCAUCAUGCUGGGCCAGAAGACGAACCUCAGCAAGCGCAUCCGUGAGAUGCGUGCCAGCAUAGCCUUGCAAGGGCAAGCAAGGAACUUGUACAGCAAGCCACAGGAAGAGAAGUUCACGCAGAACGUGGAGCGGCUGCCCCAGCUGCGAGAGGCGGUGCAGGAGGAUAUCUAUGUCCUGGGCCUUGCCCGCAAGAGCUAG